UGAAAAAUGUUACCCUGUCUUUUAGCCAAUGGGUUACACUGUAUCCCAGUCCCAUAUGUCUGUCUUGUUUUUAACCACUAUGACUAUGGAUACGCUGUGAAUACAUAUAGCGGUGAGCUACAUGGCGGCGCAUUUAAUACACAUUGUGCAUGAACGAGCUUUUCAAACUCUUACCACGGUCCUUCAUAUGAUUCUCGGGGUUACUAUAGCAACGACCCCUCUUUUGCUAGGCUCUCACUUGUUGCUAUGGUAACAGCGCAGUUUCUCACCCCUUUUGCUACCCCCCUAAAAAAAGAGAUUAGCGGCUCUCGCGGUAUCUGCCCCUGCUAACUCUGGACACCGGCCGCACAAAGGACUUGACACUGAAGAAGGCAACGGAUGUGGGCAGGGACAAGCCGUACAGAUUAACUCUACUGUUUGCACUUAGAAAUGGCAACUCCUACAGCAGUAAACCCCAGUGAAAUGACAACAGAUAUCCCAGGAUCAGUAAAUCUGCCAGGAGCUACAAUGGCUGCUGGACAAGUGAGGAUGGCAGGUCCUAUGCCAGCACGUGGAGGAAAGCGACGUUCUGGAAUGGAUUUUGAUGAUGAAGAUGGAGAGGGACCAAGCAAAUUUUCAAGAGAGAAUCACAGUGAAAUUGAAAGACGUCGGAGGAAUAAGAUGACACAGUACAUCACAGAGCUGUCCGACAUGGUUCCCACCUGCAGUGCCCUCGCACGCAAACCUGACAAGCUCACCAUCCUACGCAUGGCUGUAUCCCAUAUGAAAUCCAUGAGAGGGACAGGGAAUAAAUCUACGGACGGAGCAUAUAAACCAUCCUUCCUAACAGAACAGGAGUUGAAACAUCUAAUAUUAGAAGCAGCAGAUGGAUUUCUCUUUGUGGUGGCUGCAGAAACAGGAAGAGUGAUCUAUGUGUCAGACUCAGUCACCCCUGUGCUAAACCAGCCUCAGUCAGAGUGGUUCGGUAGCACACUGUAUGAACAGACACACCCAGAUGACAUAGAAAAACUUAGAGAACAACUAUGCACUUCAGAAAACUCCAUGACAGGUCGGAUUUUGGACUUAAAAACCGGCACAGUGAAAAAAGAAGGCCAGCAGUCCUCAAUGCGCAUGUGUAUGGGUUCUAGACGGUCUUUUAUUUGUCGGAUGAGGUGUGGAAAUGCCCCAUUAGAUCAUUUACCUCUUAACAGAAUCAGCACUAUGAGGAAGAGAUACAGGAAUGGUCUAGGGCCAGUGAAGGAGGGAGAGGCACAGUAUUCUGUCGUUCAUUGUACAGGUUACAUAAAAGCCUGGCCCCCAGCAGCUGCAUUGAAAGGCAUGACGAUCCCAGACGAAGAUGCAGAGGUUGGCCAAGUGAGCAAAUACUGCCUUGUUGCUAUUGGAAGGCUACAGGUCACAAGUUCCCCAGGGUGUCUGGAUAUGAAUGGAAUGUCUCUUCCCACUGAAUUCCUAUCACGACACAGCACAGAUGGUGUCAUCACGUUUGUGGAUCCACGGUGUAUCAGUGUGAUUGGCUAUCAACCACAGGACCUCUUGGGAAAGGAUAUCAUUGAAUUCUGUCAUCCAGAAGAUCAAAGUCAUCUUCGAGAGAGUUUCCAGCAGGUGGUGAAGUUAAAAGGUCAGGUGUUGUCAGUGAUGUAUCGUUUUCACACCAAGACUCGAGACUGGAUGCUCCUUCGUACAAGCAGCUUUACAUUCCAGAACCCAUAUUCUGAUGAGAUUGAAUAUAUUAUCUGUACCAACACCAAUGUAAAGCAGGUCCAGCAGCAGCAGGCAGAGCUAGAAGUUCAUCCAAGGGACAAUUUGUCCUCCUAUGACCUGUCACAGGUGCCUGUCCCAAACCUCACGGGGAAUGUGCAUGAGGGGGGUAAAACUGUGGUUGACAAGCCAGAUCCCAUCUUCUCCCAAGAGCGUGAUCCACGUUUUGCUGAAAUGUUUGCUGGAAUUACAGCCUCUGAGAAGAAGAUGCUGUCAGCAUCAGGCAGUGGUACUCAGCAGCUGUACUCUACAAGCAGCCCAUUUCAGCCCGGUCAUAGUGGCAAAUCAUUUAGCUCUUCAGUGGUCCAUGUGACGGGAGUAAAUGAGAUACAGUCUCCAACAAACACAGGCCAGAAUUUGACACAGAUAUCCCGUCAGAUUAAUGCUGGUCAGGUCUGGACAGGAAGUCGACCACCCUUUCAAGGACAGCAAAUCACUCCACAGUCUGGGAAAGCUCAGUCCUCUCCUUUUGGGAUUGGUACAAGUCACACGUAUACAUCAGACCCAUCCACCUAUAGCCCCUUGUCCAGCCCUGCCACAUCAUCGCCCAGCGGGAAUGCUUACUCCAGUUUAGGGGGAAGAAAUGCAGCAUUCACUGAAACAGGACAGACCAGCGGUCAGUUCCAAGGUCGCGCAUCUGAAGUCUGGUCUCAGUGGCAAAGUCAACAUCAUAACCAGCAAAGCAACGAGCAGCAUUCCCACCAGCAGCCAGGGCAAGCAGAGGUGUUCCAGGACAUGCUACCAAUGUCUGGAGACCCUACUCAGGGCACUGCCAAUUAUAACAUUGAGGACUUUGCUGAUUUGGGAAUGUUCCCCCCAUUUUCUGAGUAACAUUUUGUCAAAAACAUCAUCUGUCUCUCUGCCCCGUAACAUAAUCACAGCUUUGUAACUCAUGAGAAGACCUGCAACAUAAAGAGCUGUACUCUACUCACCAUCCCUUUUUGCUAGAUGGUUUCUCAACUUGUCUUCUCCAAAGUGGAAUCAUUUGCCGUUUUUAUCUUUCAGUUUUCAAUUCCACUCAUCAGAGGGUGUUUUGCUUUAAAGAUGCAAGGACCACUACGAAUGUAAAGUUUUCUAAAAAGUGCCCAAUUACCUUUCUGUAUGUAUGUUUUUAUCAAGCAACAGUGUUAAUUGAACAUUGCUGGAGUAAACAAAGAGUUAAACUACUCUAUAAAAUGAUCUUUCCGGUAUUCACUAACAGCAUAUAAAACAGAGAAAUAUUUCAGUGAAUGGAAAAAAUGCCACUGAGAGAUCAUGCUGGGGCAGAAUUGGAAAUAUGCUGAAAAUUGCUUUGAGAGUAUCUAGCUCAAUAAAGUUAUUCCAUGUUAGUAAUAAUACACAGUUCAGAAUCUAAUGAAGAUUAUUUGCCUUUACUUAUAUGUUAAGGCUGUGCCUGUUCCCUCUCUUAUCUGUAAAAUAACAAGCCUUGUAAUUGACCUUAAUGGGCAGUUAAGUCUUCAGCUGGCUUUAAAGUGACCAGUCCUGGUUACUAUUCUGUUGUGAUGUUUAUGUAAACAGUACUGUAUAAAUGGUGUAUUUUGUACUACUGAAUGUUCUGUACUAACGACCAUGGUAGUGUGCAUAGUCUAACUAUGCCACAAUAUUUCUGCUAAUGUCAUUUCAAUAAAGGGUGACAAUGGCU